CGCAAGAAGCUUCGCAACCCAAAGCUCAAGACCACACGCAGAACUGCGGGUAAGGCUCGCAAGAUCAAAUACACAGGACACCCGCUUCUCCGCGACCAAUGGGACCGGGGUCUCACAGUGACCGAAAACUACAAAAAGAUGGGACUCCAAUCCCGCCUCAACGGCAUCAAAGGAGGAGUCGUACAGGAUCUCUACGCCAAACCCACCGACACCUCAGGAGAAGAUGAGGGCGAAGAGCAGAAGGAGAUGACAGAGAAGGAGAUCCGGAAGGCAAUUCCCAAGGGAUACGGUAUAAUUGAGCGCGAUGAAGAAGGCAAUGUGACAAAUGUUAUUGUUGGUGAGGAGGAGGAUCCCCUGGAUAGUGAUUAUGAGGCGGAUAAGGUGGAGCCCAAGAUGGAUGGUGCGCGGAGACUGGAGGAUUGGGCUACCCAUGGUGAUGAGCCUAAGGAACGGUGGAUGUCGGAGGGCGGCAGACGCGCACUGCAGGACAUGAUUGAUGCCCAUGGCGAAAACUACGACGCCAUGUUCUGGGACAGGAAGCUUAACAGACAACAGUUGCCAAAACAGCAGAUCAAGAAGAAGAUCCAACAGUACUUG